AUGCGCGGCAGCGCAGCCGGCCCGCUCCCCCCGCCACUGGCGCUGGCGCUGCUACUGCUGCUGCCGCUGCACUCGCUCUUCCUCUUCCUCCUCCUGCUGCUGCUGCUGCUGCUGCUGCUGCUGCUGGUGCUGGUUCUGCUCGCCGACGUGCGGGACCGGUCAAAGGUUGAUCAGAUCUUCCAAGCGGAGAGAUUUGAUGCCGUAAUCCACUUUGCGGGCUUCAAGGCGGUUGGAGAGUCCGUGGCGCAGCCCCUCCUGUAUUACGACAACAAUUUUGUGGCGGGGGUAGUGCUGCUGGAAGCUAUGCAGAAGCACGGCGUGCGCAACCUCGUGUUCAGCAGCAGCUGCACAGUCUAUGGGUCGCCGGCCCCCGAGGACGUGCCGAUUUCGGAGGGGGCCCCCCUUAAGGCGCAGUCGCCCUACGGCCGCAGCAAGCUGUUCCAGGAGGAGAUGGAUGUGUGCGCGGCGGACCCGUCCAUGCGCGUCUUGCUGCUGCGUUACUUCAACCCAGUCGGGGCACACCCCAGCGGGGAGCUUGGGGAGCACCCUGUUGGGACGCCCAACAACCUCAUGCCUUACAUUCAGCAGGUGGCGCUGGGGCAGCGUGAGCGCCUGAGUGUGUUUGGCGGCGACUACCAGACGCCGGACGGCACGUGCGUCCGUGACUUUAUCCACGUGAUGGACCUUGCCGAGGGCCACCUAGCCGCCCUAGAUACGCUCCUGUCAACGCCUGCCUUUGGCUGCCAGGCCGUCAACCUCGGGACCGGGAAGGGGACUUCUGUUCUGGAGAUGAUUCAAGUCUGGGAGCAGGUCACCAACACCAAGGUGGAAUACGAGGUGCGGCGAUGGUGA